AUGAUGUCCUACUCUGAGUCUGAGGCUAUUAAGAAGUUACAGGAUCUGGAUAACUCUCAGAUUUCUGUGGAGAGUACGUCUCAGUGGUUUCUGGGUAAUAAAGAAAUGGCGAAGGAUUUAGUUAAGUUGUGGUUCAAGGAAUUUCGGAAAGCUGCCCCCAAGAAAAAGAUCGCUUUUCUACAUCUUGCGAAUGACAUUAUACAGAGAGGAAUGAUGGAAGCUCCCCAGUUUAGGAAGUUAUUUGAGCCAGUUUUACCAACUGCAUUCAAAGAAACAUCUAAAGUCCAACGUCAUUCAGUACGUUCAUCUGUUGCACAUCUUCUAAUUGUAUGGGCGACUCGUCGGGUAUAUUCUAAAAGUUUUCUAAGACAGCUACGUUUCAUUUGCCAACGAGCAGUUGCCGAGGCUGAUACUCCAAAUGCUAGUGAAGAGAUCAAACGCAACAUUAUUGCUGCUUCCCCAUUCGCUUUCUCAUUCACGGCAGUUUUAUUGAAUCCAACAGUAGCAGGCAGUAAAGAGGCUUCAGUUAACGCUCUUCAAACACCGAAAUUGCUGAAUAGCAAAGAUAAUAAUCAUAAACGACAUCAUUCUUCAACACAAAAUAUCUUGAUGGCUUCUGUGUCCUUUGAUCCUGUAAAUUAUGAAAGCAAUAGUUUGUCAAUUAAUUCAAUCUCAGCGUUUCGAAAAGAAUUAGAUUUAGAAUUACAAACUGAAGCUACCCAACCUCCAAAGACUGAGGAGCUUAUUCAGCUUCUCGAGACUCUUCAAUCCUCUGCUUCUGCUGACGCUGCUACACGUCGUGAAAUAGCUCAAUUUCCACCAGAGGUUUCAGAUCCAAAUAAAGCGAUGGAAAUCAUGAAGUCUUCAUCUGAGCAAGCUCAACAAGAAUUGAUUGAGCGUAUUAGUCAAUGUUCUUCUCGACUAGAUGACUAUAAUCAGUUGUUAGAAGAAGAGACAAAUAAAAGAAAUCAACUAGCCUUACAACUUCGUGCCUUCCAUAGUCAUUUAAAAGAAAGAAUUACACAAGCUAAAACAGAAGUUGAUGAUUUAAAAGCUAAAUUGGAUCAUGGAGAGGCGUUAAGAGAUGAAUUAAAUAAGCAUAUCUUAAAUCUGCCUGAUUUACACCUGCUGCCUGAUAUGACAGAUCUCGGCUUAGAUCCACUGCCUACAGUUGGUGAUUUGUUUGGAUAA